AUGGGCGUAUACGGAGGCUUAGGACCUAUGACCAAUGCGGUCCUGUGGGUAGAGGCCAUGAUCUUUGCUCUCUUCGUGGGACUCAGGUUCUAUACACGAAAAGCUAUUCUCAAUUCCAUUGGACUUGAUGAUUAUCUCGUUUGCUUUGCUCUGACUCUUCACCUACUUUAUACCAUCUUCGUCACCAUCGGGACACACUACGGACUGGGUCAGUUGUACGCCACCGUUGGGGAUCCAAACAUCUAUUUCACGGCCGUCAAGUAUGAGCUCUUCAGCCAGGUGGCUGGUCUUAUGGUCAUUGGCGUCGGCAAAGCGGCAGUUGGAACUUUUCUUCUUCGAAUUGUGCGAAACAAGAUCCAUAUUUGGGUGAUCUGGGGCUGCCUUUUUAUCACGGCGGUUCUCACCCUCUUUGCUAGCAUCACUGUUAUAGUUCAGUGCGUGCCUGUUGAAAAGUCCUGGAAUCCAUCAGUUCCAGGAACAUGCUGGCUCAACUUUUCUAAUGUUGGCUACACUGUUGGAUCAUGGUUUGUCGCCGCCGAUUUCUCCUUUGCUAUUCUCCCGUGGUUCGUGGUCUGGGACCUGAAUAUGAAAAAGAAGGAAAAGAUCACUGUCGCCGUUGGUCUCAGUCUUGGAAUCUUUGCCGGGAUAUGUGGUAUCGUUCGCACUGUUGCGCUAUCAGGCCUAGAUGCAUCCGAGUAUAUCUAUGAUACCGUCCCAAUGCUUAUCUGGUCUGCGACUGAAAGCUGCGUCACAAUCAUGUGCUCCACCAUCCCCGUCCUCCGCCCUCUAUAUAUCCGCAUCAAAUAUGGCAAGGAUGGUAAGGACGGCUCUUCUAGCGACAAUUCCUAUAAGCUGCCUAUGUACGGUAGUAAUCGAAAGUAUAGCAGCAGCAGGCAUUACGGUCAGCUUUCAAAAUCUGGGUUUGAUUCGGUUGAGCCAAAGGGCUUUUCUCAACAGACCACUGUCAUCCAGCCCAGUAGGACUCACGAUAGUGAUGAAGUGAUUCUUCGGAGUCCUGCUCGGAUCGAGAGGACGGAUGAGAUUUCCGUUAGUUAUGAGGAAUUUGGCGACAAGGUUUGA